AGAGAUACGAAUCGAAAACGGCGCCGUUGGGAAGUUCGGCGUAAAUAAAAUAAAAAGAGUCUCAUCGGCGUCGGUGGGAAAAUGAUUAACCGCUGGCCAUUAACGCAACACGGCUUUCUUAUAACACACAGACAUCGAGACAGAGAUUGAAAGUGGUCCACUUCUCUCUCUCUCUCUCUCUUUACAUCAAAGAAGAAGACAAACCAGAGCAAAAAGAGCCGUUGAAGCCUAGAAAUCUAACCCUUCUCUUUCAAUCUCAACACAACAGAGAGAGAAGAGAAAAAGAGGCAUCUUUUGAAGUCAUGGCGGGUUUAAACGACGACGUCUCAGUCGACAUUGAAGAGAUCUCCAAUGGUGGAAAGGUUUUGUUUUUGACACACACACACAUUCAGCUCCGAAAUUUACUUUCUUUAUUUGUCUUCUUUCCUCUUUCGUUUUCCUAUGUAUCUUUUUAUGGCAAAUUAGAUUCGUCUCAUUUCAUUUUUUCUCUCUUAUGGGUUCAUAGUUUUCCUAAUUAGCUUCCAAUCUCAGUGGUAAUUACUGUAUAAUUGAGAGAAAUAUAUUCCCUUUCCGAUUGAAACCAGUGUAAUAUUAUUAGCUGUUUUUGUCAAAUUAGAUUUAGUUUUUAUGACAAGUUGGAUCUUUAAAAAAAAAAAGUUGUUUUACUUUUGUCUGAUGAUAAUCCUCUGAAGGAAAUCUGUCAACUUGGGUGUUUGGUUUAUUCGAAUCUCCUUUUCUUCUGCAUAAAAGGUGAAGAGACUCCCUUGAAAAAAUGGAGCAUCAUGUCAAAACAUGCCAUGGUUUGGUUUCAGUUGUAGUCUAUGGAGACCAAGAGAAGCCAGCAUUGAUCACUUACCCUGAUGUAGCAUUAAAUUACUUGUCUUGCUUCCAAGGACUGUUUCUCUGCCCUGAAGCAGUGUCUUUGCUCCUCCAUAACUUCUGCAUCUACCAUAUUAGUCCCCCUGGACAUGAGUUCGGAGCUGCUCCAGUUUGUUCCACUGAUCCGUCGCCUUCUGUUGAAGACCUUGCUGACCAGAUUCUCGAAGUCUUGAACUUCUUUAGACUGGAGUCAGUAAUGUGCAUGGGGAUCACUGCUGGUGCCUACAUCCUCUCCUUAUUUGCUAUAAAACAUAAAGAUCGAGUUUUGGGUCUGAUUCUGAUAUCGCCUCUAUGCAAAGCACCCUCAUGGUCUGAAUGGUUUUAUUACAAGGUAGUGUCAAACUUGUUGUACUAUUAUGGCAUGUCUGGAUUGUUAAAAGAUCGUUUCCUUCAGAGGUACUUCAGUAAGGAAGCUCGUGGUAGCUCUGAAGUUCCAGAGAGGGAUGUAGUACAUGAAUGCAGAAGGCUGCUUGGUGAAAGACACGGUGUUAGCCUUAGGAGGUUUCUGGAAGCAAUCAACAGGAGACAUGACAUAACUGAUGGGUUGAGAAGUUUAAAAUGCCGUACACUCAUAUUUGUUGGAGACCAAUCUCCUUUCCACUCUGAGACUCUUCACAUGGUGGCUGCAUUAGACAGAAAAAACAGCGCCUUGGUUGAGGUGCAAGCUUGUGGAUCAAUGGUGACAGAAGAGCAACCACAUGCGAUGUUGAUACCAAUGGAGUUCUUUUUCAUGGGCUUUGGGUUGUACCGGCCUGGUCGGGUUAGUGAUAGUCCUACGAGUCCACUCAGCCCGUCGUGCAUUUCGCCUGAGCUUCUGUCUCCGGAGAGUCUUGGUUUGAAGCUUAAGCCAAUAAAGACUCGGGUUCCCACCAAAUGCUAAAGAAACCAUUGAUUCUUUUUUUUCAUAUUCUUUAAUUGAAUUGUAUUUCUUGUUGUACUCUAUUAUGUAGUCGAUUAACUCGAAAACACUUUUAUUUUAGAGAUACUAGUUUUAUGGGUUGAUGAUAUCA